CAGCUAUACAUUCCUAGAGACUUGGCUGCAGCAAGCAGUCGCAGGAGACUACGACCAGGUCGCAAAGCAUACAAGAGAGCUGCACCCUCUACAUCUUUCCUCAUAGACGACCGCUCCUCGAUUCUCGAAUCUCGCAUUUAAGCUGCGCAGCAUGCCAUCCCAAAAUUCACCAAUCAAGGUUGGAAUCCUAGGGGCGACAGGCACUGUUGGCCAAAGGUUCAUCCAACUCCUCGCCGUCCAUCCUUACUUUACGAUCCACGCCCUUGGAGCUUCGUCCCGUUCAGCGGGACACGAAUAUUCCAAAAUUGUCAAAUGGAAAUUGGGCACUGAGAUCCCAGAGCACGUCAAGGGCAUGGUGGUGCAGGAGUGUAGACCGGAUGCAAAUGGAUUCGCGGAAUGCGGUGUGGUGUUUUCAGGGCUAGAUCACGAUGUCGCUGGGGAAAUAGAAUUCGCAUUCCGUGCUGCUGAGCUCGUUGUCUUCUCUAAUGCGAAGAACUACCGUCGUGACCCCGUUGUCCCCCUCAUGGUCCCACUGGUCAAUCCCUCCCAUCUCUCCGUCGUCAAUCACCAGCGUACGACUCUGUCACCGCCGACGAAGAAGGGAUACAUCGUGACGAAUGCCAAUUGUUCCACCACAGGCCUUGUUGUCCCUCUGUAUGCUCUUGAGAAAGCAUUUGGACCACUGGAGACCGUCAUGGUCACUACAAUGCAGGCAAUCUCUGGAGCCGGGUACCCCGGUGUCUCCAGUCUGGAUAUUAUGGAUAAUGUCGUCCCUUAUAUCGGUAGUGAAGAGGAGAAGAUUGAAUGGGAAACGUCAAAGAUUCUCGGGGGCGUCACGUCUGAUGGACAAGGAUUCGAUUUGCACGCUUCGGAUCCCAUCAAGAUUUCAGCAUCUUGUAAUCGAGUGCCAGUCAUUGACGGGCAUACUGGCUGUGUCUCGGUCAAAUUCAAGAGACAUCCUCCGCCGAGUCCAGAACAAGUCAUCCAGGCGUUCAAGGACUUCCGAUGCGAGGCCCAAGACUUAGGCGUCCCAUCCGCUCCGAAACGCGCCAUUGUCUAUCUUGACGCUCCAGAUAGGCCUCAGCCGAGAUUAGAUCGGGAUCUGGAGAAUGGAGCUUGUGUCAGUGUGGGAAGGGUCAGACCGUGCCCGGUACUGGAUGUCAAGUUUGUGUGCUUGAUCGAUAAUGUCAGGCUGGGGGCGGCCACUAGCAGCAUCAUGAAUGCCGAGAUUGCAGUGGAAAGGGGAUACAUAGAGGCAUAGCAUUCACGGGUAUGCACAAACCAUAGAUUAUAGACAG